GUAUUUAGUUCUGUGAUCUGUAUAAUGAAUAAAAAUGUAACCUAUAAUUUAAUCAAAUUUGAAAAAUUUUAAUUAAAUUAUAAGAUUAAGAAUAUAUUGACCCGUAUAUAAUGGUUAUCUAUCGUAUUGAUAAUAAUAUUCAAUGAAGAAAAGCCCUCAAAUUCUUAUAUUCAAUUUUUUUUAAUCUUUAAAUCAAAAAUUACUAUUUUAUCAGUAAAUAUGAGAAAUUAAUUUAAUAAGUAAAAAAUAAGUGCUUGUUAUAUUCAUUUAACAUGAUUGUAAAUACACAUUCUUUUUUAAUAUUCUUAUAUAUGCUUGGCAUACUAUGCUUCGAAUUUUUUAUCAAUUUUUUACAGUAUAAUGAUUUAUUUUUAUGUUACAAUUGUGAAGAAAAAGAAAAUAGUAAAACAUUCGACUAUAUUGUAGUUGGUUUUGGAUCUGCUGGUGCUAUUGUAAGUCGAAGAUUAGCAGAGAAUAAGAGUGCUAGAAUUUUAGUAUUGGAAGCUGGCAAAUAUGGAAAUACAUUAUUGGAUAUCCCCUCAUUUGGUUUGUUAUUGCAGAAGUCAGCUUUUGAUUGGCAGUAUAAGACUGUUGCCCAGAAAAACAGUUGUUUUUCAUUGUAUAACAAUAAAAGCAUAUGGCCUAUGGGAAAAAUUGUAGGAGGAACUGCUAGGCUGAACAAUAUGCUAUAUGUAAGAGGACAUCCUGAAGAUUUUAAUUCUUGGUUUAGACAAAAAGAAGGCUAUUCAUUUGAGUAUGAUAUUUUACCAUAUUUUAAGAGACUAGAGCAGACUAUCUAUACAAGAAACCCUGUUGGCUCAAUUUAUGUUAGUAACUUAACUUUCCAGUCAAAGUUACCAGAGUAUGUUCUAAAUGCUGCCAAAGAAUUAGGAUACUUCAUUUCAAAUGAAACUGAAAAUUGUAUGGAAGGUUUUGGUUUACCAAAAGUUACUUUAAAAAAUGGCCAAAGAUGGACUCCAGCGCAUACCUUGUUGGAAUUGAACAAGCCCAAUAUAAUCAUAAGAACCGGUAGAACUGUUGAAAAAGUAUUAUUGCGCAAUAAUUUUGAGGCUUACGGAGUUAAGUAUAGUUAUAAAGGACAAUACCACAUUGCUAAAGCGACCAAAGGUGUAAUUUUGUCAGCUGGUGUAGUUGGUACUACAAAAAUUCUACUACACUCGGGAAUCGGUCAAAAAAAACAUUUGGAUGAAGUCAAUAUUGAAACAAAGAUAAAUUUACCAGUUGGAGAAAACCUACAAGAUCAUCUGACUACAGGCUUUGAUUUGGUAUUGCUUAAGCACUCGUUAGGAAUUGGUAUUGAAUAUUUACUGUCAUUUCGUUCAUUGUUUGAAUAUUUUUGGUAUGGUAUUGGUCCAUGGACAACUGUAGGAUGUGAUAUACUAGCUUAUUUUAAUACUGAAGGAAAACAUGAUGAUCCACCUGAUCUUCAGUUGAUGGUUAUGCCUUUAGGGUUAAAAGAAGAUAACGGCUUAUAUCUUCGCCACUUAUUGGGUAUUACAGAUGAAACUUGGAACAGUUAUUUCAACGAACCAUAUAAUACUUUGACUGCCACAAUAUUACCUGUUCUUCUACAUCCCAAAAGUCGAGGGAAUAUACGUCUCCAAGAUAAUAAAUUUAGCAGUCCAAUACUUAUUGAUCCAAAAUAUCUUACACAUGCACAUGAUGUCGAUAUAUUAAUAAAAGGAUUAGAAAUUAUACGAAAACUGGUCAAUACUGAAGCGAUGAAAAAAUUAGGUGCGAGUUUUAAUGAGCAAAUAUUUCCUCCAUGUAAACAAUAUCAAUUCAGUUCAAGAGAAUAUUGGAGUUGUUAUGUGAGGCAUAUAACUAUUACCUCUUAUCAUCCAGUUGGUACUUGUAAAAUGGGCCCCAAUGAAGACGAAAAUAGUGUAGUUAAUUUUAAUUUUGAAGUCAUAGGUACCAACAAUUUGUUUGUAGUCGAUGGAUCUGUCAUUCCAAGCCUAACCAGUGGUAAUAUUAUUGGAACUAUAUUCAUAUUAGCAGAAAUGGCUAGUGAUGUAUUAAAAUAUAGAGAUUUUUUGAAUAGCUCCAAAUGUGAAGCGAAUGAAAUAUUUAUCAAAACCUGUACUUGUCAAUAUAACUGAGCUAUUCAUCA